GAGAAAUAUAAAAAAUGUAAUUUGAUCUGAGUCAGAUAAAGUAUUGUCCUUUUUUUUAUUUAUACAUAUCAUAAGUAUCUAUAUGUGUAUUUGAUAAACUGAAAAUUGAUAAUAAUAUAGUUAAUUGUAAUAAUGAAUGAGUGUCAAAUUAUUUGUCAGUAAAAAAAUCAGGUUAUCUACCGAAAAUUCAGUAGAACUGGCACUGCGGACGAAAAGUAUUUGCCUUCGGAAAUAGUCGGUUGUUUGUUCUCGGAAAUUAGAACGUAAAAUGUGAUUUUUUGUUGAAGUCGACAAAAAAAAUGUUUUCAAAAGCAAUCAAAAUAAUUGCUAUCUAAUUGAUAAAAUAUAAGUGAAGUAACCACCAUUGCCUCGAGCAAAUCCCAAAAUUAUAGAUGGGAAAAAAAUCGCAGAGGAAAUUCAUAAAGAAUUAAGAAUAGAGAUAGACGAAUGGGUAAGCCAAGGAAAUCGGCGGCCAUGUCUGACAGCUAUUUUGGUGGGGGAAAACGCAGCUAGCGAAAAAUAUGUCAACAAUAAAAUGGUUGCUGCCAAAAAAAUUGGCAUAACUAGCAAUACCCUCAAACUUCCUGUCACACUCUCAGAAGAGGAACUAUUGAGCAAAAUAAAUGAACUGAACGAAGACCCAUCUGUCGACGGAAUUCUCGUUCAGAUGCCCGUUCCUGGUCACAUUUCGGAAAGGAAUGUGUGCAAUGCUGUGAAUCCCAGAAAAGACGUGGACGGGUUCCACAGUACGAAUAUGGGAAAAUUAGCUGUAAAUCUUAACACAUUCGUACCCUGCACUGCUUUAGGGGUAGUUGAACUCAUCAAGAGAUCUAACAUAAGGACAUUUGGCAAAAACAUAGUUGUGUGUGGACGUUCAAAAAAUGUAGGACUACCAAUAGCUUUACUUCUUCAUUCUGAUGUUAAUAAUGAGUGCUCUGGUUAUGAGGCUACUGUCACUAUUUGUCACAGACACACCCCUCCAGAGGAAUUGGAAUUUUUCACAAAGAGGGCUGAUAUAAUAGUCAGUGCUACAGGAGUUGUCCACCUUAUUAAACCAGAUAUGGUCAAGCCUGGAGCAUGUAUAAUUGAUGUGGGAAUCACAAGAACAACAACAGAAGACGGCAAAUCUAAAAUUGUUGGUGACGUUGAUUUUGAAGGUUGUUUUGAAGUUGCUGGUCAUAUCACACCUGUUCCUGGUGGUGUGGGACCAAUGACAGUAGCCAUGUUGAUGUCAAAUACCUUUAAGGCUGCAAAAGAAUUGGCACUAAAGAUUUGA